UUCAGCCAUUAGAGAAAUUUGUAUUAUUGUUUGCUUAUGGCAGCAGGAAAAGUUUGGAGUGAAGUAAUAUGCUUAUAUCUGCAUUGCAAGAUUUUUUCACGAAUAAAUAUAGAAAUAGUAAAAUAUGACUUUGUCGCACUUCAGACAAAGUGAAGGUUAACGUUAAGCCACACCCUGACAUCAUUUUCUUUUCUCUGUUUAAAUAUAUAACUUUGCCGUACCUAAAUACCGGUAAGAUAGUUUGUUUCAGCAAUUAGUUAAGAAAUUGAUGAAAAUGGAUAAUUCUCAGAAACAAGCUUCUACUUCUCGAAACACUGCCGCGUAUAACGUUCACGAAUCUGGUAGUACUGAAGAGGGAUAUGGAUGCUGUGGAAUCCUGUUACUGAUCAUUUCCGGUUUUGUUAUUUUACUCACUUUCCCGAUUGCAAUUUGUUUGUGUGUGAAGGUUGUGCAAGAAUAUGAAAGAGCUGUGAUAUUUCGUCUUGGACGUUUGGAAAAGGGUGGUGCGAAGGGUCCAGGUAUCUUCUUCGUUAUUCCCUGCACUGAUGAAUACAAGAAAGUUGAUCUCCGUACACAGUCGUUUGAUGUCCCACCUCAGGAAAUCCUGACCAAGGACAGUGUCACCAUCGCUGUAGAUGCUGUGGUCUACUAUCGUGUCCAAGAUGCCACAGCAAGCAUUGCUAAUGUGGCUAAUGCAGAUGGUGCCACCCGUCUUCUCUCCCAAACUACUCUUCGAAAUAUGUUGGGAACGAAAAGCUUGUCUGAGGUGCUUACUGACCGGGAAGAAAUCAGCUCUGGAAUGCAGGUGACAUUGGAUGAUGCAACUGACCCAUGGGGAAUCAAAGUGGAGAGAGUUGAAAUCAAAGAUGUCCGUCUGCCAGUGCAAUUGCAGAGAGCCAUGGCUGCUGAAGCAGAAGCAGCUCGUGAUGCCAGAGCCAAGGUUAUUGCUGCUGAGGGUGAAAUGAAUGCAUCAAGAAAGUUGAAGGAGGCUGCUGAUGUUAUGAGUGAAUCACCCAAUGCCAUGCAGCUACGAUACCUUCAAACACUCACUUCCAUCAGUGCAGAGAAGAAUUCCACCAUCAUUUUCCCUCUUCCCAUUGAUAUGCUUAGCACUCUUGUGAAGAAAUAAUAUGGUUUUGAUCGUUGUCUUGAUUCUCAAUGUUUUCGGAUUAUAUGGUUAUUGUUAUCAUAAAUAUCCAUUGUCAACCAUUUCAGUAUUGUAAAUAGAGAAUUAGAAAAAUCACUUGCUAAUUUUAAACCGUUGUUGCAUUGUAAACAGAAAAAAUUAUUAACAUGAAUAACAAAUUAUUUUGGUUUACAAUCAACACUAGCAUGAUUUAUGCAGUAAACGAAAGGCAAAUCUUCUCUUUUUGUAAUGUCUCAGAAAAAUAUUACUUACGGUAUAUUCUUCAAUCUUGGAAGGAAUGAAAAUAUUCUUUCAAUAAAUAGAUGGAAAUGUGAAUCUUCGGCUGCUGCUAGAUUUGCUGGAAGGUAAUAUUUUCAAUUUUUUCUUAUUUAGUAUUGCCUAUAUCACACAGGUCAAAAAUCAGGUAUUUUGCACUGAGAGUGUAUUUAUUUGAAUGGAUUGUGUAAUAUUUCUUCCUCAUGACCAUUUUGUUAUUUUUUUCAAUAUAUAAUUAUCAUGGCUGCCUUUUCAUUGAAAGAAGUGAAUCCGGACUCUGAAAUUUUUGUCGUUUGUCUUCAAAUCUAAACAAGUUUCUAAUAUGUAUUUAACUUUGUACUAUCAGUAUAUUUCUGCCUGACAAUUAAUUAACUAGUUCUCUAAAGUUGCAGUAAAAAAAUGAUAAGAAUCGGCUGCUUCAUUUUUUGUUUGAUAACCUCCUAAUUCAUGUAUUAUAAGUGAUGUUGCAUGGCCAUGAAUGUUUCUUGAUAUUCCAUUGUGUAUCAUCAAUAUAUUGCUAAUAUCGAGAUGUUCA